GUCAGACGUCAUCGGUGUUGCGUCGUGACGUCAGGUAUCUCGGUCAGCAGCAGCUGCAGCUAGCAGCGGCUAACAGCUAACAGCUAACAGCUGCCACCUGAAGCUCCUGACAGACAGACAGGCAGACAGACAGACAGACAGGUGUACACAGAGAGAGACAGACAGCUGUGUGUCUGUGGAUGGAAGUGUGGAGCUCGGCGAUGGGACCGGAGAGAGUCUUACCGAACUCUGAGGACGAGCUGGGGGAGGAGGAGCGGCCGGCCGACGGCGCCCUGCUGCCGGUGUGGAGCGGGGGGGAGGGAGGGGGGGAGGAGGAGGAGGAGGAGGAGGAAGUGGGGGGGGUGGGGGGGGAGGGAGGGGAGAUGGAGCUGGACGGGGAGGAGGAGGAGGAGGAGGAGGAGGAGGACAGUGGGGGGUAUUACUACCAGCCUCUGAACCAGGAGCCCGACGGGCUGAACGGGGGCGAGCAGCCGGGGGAGGAGGGGGGGGAGGACGCCUCCCACACGGAGCAGCUGCAGCAGGUGCAGCAGAGGAUAGAGGUGUUGGGUCUCCACCUCCCCGAGGCUCCGCCCCCGGACAGUGACGAGGAGGAGGACCCUGAGGGGGCGGCGGCGCUCCGGAGCCGCGCCUCGAUCCCGAUGGACGCAGACCACGUGGAGCUGGUGAAGAGGACGAUGGCGGCCGUGGCGCUGCCGUCCCUCGGCGUGCCGUCCUGGGCCCGAGAGAUCUCAGACGACCAGUGGAAGGACAUGGUCCAGAACACGCUGGAGACCCGGCAGAGCGCCGCCGCCCUGCGCCUGCCCCGCCGCAGCAACCUCAACGGGCCCUGAACGCACCAACAACAACAUCUACAGUCCCUGAACGCACCACCACCAACAACAUCAACGGGCCCUGAACACACCACCAACAACAACAUCAACGGUCCCUGAACACACCACCGCCAACAACAUCUACGGUCCCUGAACGCACCACCACCAACUUCUACGGUCCCUGAACGCACCAACAACAACAUCAAUGGUCCCUGAACACAUCAUAACCUCUUCUGACCUUGAACUCAUCACCAACAACAUCAUAGGUCCCUGAAUGCAUCACGACCACCAACAAAAUCAACGGUCCCUGAAUGCAUCACGACCACCUCUACAGCAAAAGUCCCUGAAUGCAUCACGACCACGUCAACAACGGUCCCUGAACGCUUCAUGACCACAUUAACAACCUCUCCUGACCUUAAACUCAUCACGACCUCCAACAUCAUCAACGGUCCCUAAACGCAUCACGACCACCUCAACAACUGCUCCUGACUUUGAACUCAUCACUAACAACAUCAACGGUCCCUGAACACAUCAUGACCACCAACAACAUCAACGGUCCCUGAACGCAACGCUGCAACAGUCUCUACUUAACUUGAACCGAUCCUGAACGCACCACGACCACUUCAGGGACACUGACAGAAAGUCGGGAAAUGACAGAAUGAUUUUGUAAAUAUUCAGUGAAGCCUGAGAGUCGAAUUCAAAUCGUUUUUUCUUUGUUACAUUAUAAAAAAUAUAUUUUAAUAUUCAACAUGAAGCUGAAACUGAAAGUCUUUGGAUUCAAUCAAUUAAAAAUAAACAUUUUUUUAUUAUUAUUUAAAUGAAAAAUAAAACUGAACAACAAUAGCUGCGAUUAGCUGUAAUUUAAUAAUGUGAUCUGUUUUGAACGAUUAAUUAAAAUUCCAUAAAAUACUAAAGAAUCAACACCAAAAACAGCUAAUUUCCUGAUUCUGGUGAAAUAAAUUAAAACAUAUUUGCCUAAAAUUUUAACAUGUGAGACGUCAUAAAAUCCCCUUAAAAUCCCCCCCUAAACACCUGACUUUCAAAUCCAAACUUUGACUUUGACUUUCUGUCCUAAAAAUCAGUUUUUAUUUCUAAGCAACAAAAACAGAAAGUUUUGUUCCGUCCCACAACAUAAACAACUGAAAAAAAAGCCAUUUUUAGAUCCCCACUGGAUCAUUUUUCUUUAUUUAAAUGUGUCAAGUUUUAUUCUUCAUUUGUGCAAAAAAAAAAUCAGCAACUUCAAGGUGAAAACAAUCUGCAGAUUCAUCAAUAAUCAUUAAUCACAAACUGGGCACUCUCGUCUUCUCUAGAAAUGAAGGAAACCGUUGAAACUUCCAGGUUUUCUUGUGUAAAAAGUUUAAUUUUUAGGAUGAAGUUACAUUCCGCCUUAAAGCCUUUUAAUUUAAAUGUUUUUUCUCGUGUUUCAUGAUUUCUUUAAUGAUGCUUUCUGUUGUGUAAAAGACAGAAACUGUGAUUGUCAAACAUGUCCACUUUAUUCUUUUUAUUUUGUUCUGUACAUACAUGAACAUCUGUACAAAAUCAGACUUUCAUACUAUGUAACGUUCUAAUAAAGUACAACUUAUGUACAGGA